AUGGAAGCCGAAAUCAGACAGCUUGUUCAAACAACAGUCGAAGAAGUGAUCAGUAAAGCAGAAGCGAUCCUUAAUUCUCCGUACAUGGUAAGCUUCUCAUCCUCAAUCACACAAAAAGGAUUUCUGCUUCGUCGCCAACGCAACAAUGGAAUAAGCACGAACAUAUGCAAAAGUAUUAUCGAUGAGCAUGACUCAAUCGAAAUAUGCGCACGAGAUAGGAGUAAAGGCGAGGAAAUUCUCGAGCUGGACGAUCCUCAAAUAGCAAGAGCCCAUUGGAUACAAUUGUUCAAAAUGAAUAUGCAGAUGACCGUCAUUCAAAACACAUUUCUACAAAUACUGAGCAAUUAUCAGCAUCUUCGACCAAUUUGGUGUUUCGCAAGGAAUCUCAGCGAUAAAUCGGAAUCAUGCAUUGGUAGAAUCAGAAAUGAUAAAAGAUUCAUUCAACAUUGCGAAAAUGUUCUCGCGGCAAUGAAUGCGAUAAUGGAGAAUCUCGAUGAACCGGACUGUCGCGAUGCCCUACUUCAACAGCUUGGAGUUAAUCAUUUCUUCUACGAUGUAUGCGAACCGCAUUUUGAGGUGUUUCACAGCGCAUUCAAGGAAUCAAUGCGAACAACCCUUCAUGGUACUGAUGCUCUGAAUGAAAACUUGGAACAAGCAUGGAAUAUGAUAUUCGAAAUAAUAAAAUCAAACAUGUGCGUUGGCUUAUCAACACAACGAUAUGACUACUUAUCACGACGUAUGACACCCAAAGAAUUUAUAAUUGUAAAAUCUACUUGGCACAAAGCGAAAGUAUUCAACACCAAACAUCUGGGUGCUAAAAUUCGCCAACUCGCCAUACAGGUCAACUUCAUUCGCAUAAUCCGUAGGAUUUCAAGCGCUUCUAUCCCAUUCACAUAUUUGGCCAUGUGA